AUGAUUUCAGGUGAUUUGUUUGAUGAGGGUACCAUAAGUAGUCAGAAGGAGCUUGUGAAUUAUGUAAAUCGCUUCAAUGAACUUUUUUAUGUACCCAGAGAUGUCGAAAGGCAAUGUGUUCUGGGCAAUCAUGAUAUUGGAUUUCAUGAUCAGAUCAAUCCAGAACGACUCCAGUUUCUCUCGGAAUCUUUUUCACGAUCAUUUGCGGAUCACAUUGUUAUCAAUGGGAAUCAUUUUAUAAUGCUAAAUUCGAUGACGGUUGAACGUGAUGGCUGUUCCCUCUGCAUCGCUGCCGAACGUCAAAUUGAGGAGUUGAGUCGCAGUUUUGAUUGCACCGAAAAUGUAACAAUGUGUAACACACACUCAAGACCUAUUCUGCUACUUCAUAUCCCACUGUACAGGGAAAGUGAUGCGAACUGUCCAGAUGAUUAUGACGCAACUCCGGAAUCAAUGAAAUCGAACCAUUUUCGUGCUGGCAUUGAUUGCCUUUCCAAUGUUUCUUCCCAUUACAUCCUGGAAAAGCUGAAACCUCGUGCUGUUUUUGAUGGUCAUGCACAUUAUAGUUGCCGAACUUGGUGGCCAUCACCAUAUAGUAUGUAUGAGUGGACAUUAUCGUCAUUUUCGUGGCGUAAUAUUCCACAACCUGCAUUUCUUCUUGUCACCGUAAUGCCCGAUGACAUUCAGGUCAACAAAUGUUUUCUACCGAAUGAGAGAACGAUUAUAGGUAGCUAUAUCGCGAUUGUUUUGGGCAUAAUACUUUUUUUAUUCUGGCAGUUAGUUUCGUAUUUACGACAUUGGCAGUCAUAUUCGUCAUAUCAGAUUAUAACUCAGAAGUGCGACUAA